AUGCAUGACGAUGACACCUUUCCCGGUGCUGCUUUUGCAGCCGCCCCUUCGGGGGCCCGUGGUUCCUUCGGGAGCCCCGUGGUUGAGACUACCUGGCUUUGCCCCGGUCAAUAUACCGGUACAGCUGGGAAAGGUGUCGUCUUGCGGUGGUUCCAGUGGAGAUGGAAAGCGUACUCGUGCAAGGUCUUGACAAUGGUGCCGCGGCCGUUCGUGUUCCAGCCUCAUCAGCCCCACGGUGGUGUUGCGGGUGGCUUCGCCGAAGCACGUUUGGGAGCCCCCUUUUAA